AUAAUUUUCAAAUUAAAGAAAUGUACCAAACCAAACACAUAAAUGUCAACGGAUAAUCAAUCUUAUAUCCGCUGGCCGGCCAUCAUUUUUCCAGCUGGUUUCUCUCCAAGGGAACACGUCGAUCACACUGCGGAGUCCACAGAGAGAAUGAGUGGAAGAGAGCAAGUGGUGUGCGUAACGGGAGCAUCGGGUUACAUCGCAUCAUGGCUGGUUAAGACGCUGCUGGAGCGCGGUUAUACUGUUAAAGCCACUGUCCGCAAUCUCCGUGAUCCAGCAAAAAUUGAUCACCUAAAGGCACUUGAAGGAGCUGAGGGAAGAUUACACUUGUUCCAAGCUAGCUUAACUGAAGAUGGAUCAUUUGAUUCAGUAGUUGAUGGUUGUCAAGGUGUAUUCCACACAGCUUCGCCUUGCUUCGUUUCAGCUUCUGAUCCACAGUCAGAGUUGAUAGAACCAGCAGUCAAAGGAACACUUAAUGUUCUCCAAUCAUGCAGAAAAGCACCAUCUGUUAGGCGAGUGGUUUUAACAUCCUCUGUAGCUGCACUUUCAUACAACAGAAACCCCAAAGGUGCCGAUGUCCUAGUAGAUGAAACUUGGUUUUCAGACCCGGAAUACUGCAGAGAGAUUGAGCAAUGGUAUCUGCUUUCAAAAACCUUGGCAGAGAGAGCUGCAUGGGAAUUUGCAGAACAAAAUAGAAUCGACUUAGUAGCAUUGCUUCCUGGGCUGGUCCUUGGCCCUCUUCUUCAGCCUAGUCUUAAUUUCACAUCUCGUGUAUUCAUCGACAUCACUGAAGGGAAUGAACAGGGCCCUCCAUAUCAAUUCGUUGACAUUAGAGACGUUGCAUAUGCCCACGUUGCUGCUUUUGAGAAUCCUUCAGCUAACGGCAGAUAUUGUGUGGUUGGAACAGUGAUAACACAUUCAGACACAAUGAAAAUUUUGCAGAAGCUUUAUCCUUCCAUCAGUCCUCCCGCAGUUAGAGGGACAGAGGAACCAGCUUUCCAGGUGUCCAAGAAGAAGGCAGAAAGCUUGGGCAUAAGUUUCACACCAUUGGAGGUAAGCCUUAGGGAUACAGUUGAAAGUUUAAAGAAGAAAAAUUAUCUUAUUCUAUAAAUCACGCUCAUUAUCUAAUCCAAUAUAGCUUUCCUUAAUUAGAUUGUAAAUCUUUUAAAAAUUAGCUAGUUCCACUUCAAA